ACACAUAAGUAAUCUCCUCUGCAUAACAAUCAAUCAACUCCGUUUUCACUCUUCCUUUGAUCAUUCCCAAAAUUCCAAGUAAUCAUGGGUGUUUUCACAUACGAAUCUGAGGUUGCUACUGCAAUUCCACCAGCCAAGAUGUUCAAAGCUUGUAUCCUUGAUGGUGACAAUCUCAUCCCCAAGAUUGUUCCCCAGGCUUUUAAGAGUGUUGAGUACAUUGAAGGCAGUGGUGAGCCUGGGAGCAUCAAGAAGAUUACCUUUGGAGAAGGAAGCCAAUUCAAUUACAUGAAGGAGAAGGUUGAAGCAUUAGACAAAGAUAACUUUGUUUACAUCUACAGUGUGAUUGAAGGCGAUGCUCUGAUGAACACGCUUGAGAAAAUCACUUAUGAGACCAAGUUGGAGCAAUCUCCAGCUGGGGGAUCCAUAUGUAAGACCACCAGUAAAUAUUACACCAUUGGUGACUUUGAGAUCACUGAAGAGGGAAUCAAGGCCGGCAAAGAAAAGGCCUUGGGAAUUUUCAAGGUUGUUGAAGCUUACCUUCUGGCAAAUCCUGAUGCCUACUGAAAAAUCCCAAACUUUUGAGACAUAGCAUC